AUUUAUUCUUGCUCCGCCCACUUAAAGUGAAAAAAGGGGGUUCGUCUGAAAGUCUCUCAUUCGAUCUGUUCACAAUGGGCGACUCGUGAUAACCACGGAACACACACACAAACAAACACGGGGAAACACGAGGACGGAGAUGAGAAACAACAACAGCAGCUCCUUUGAAGAACCACAAGACCACAACCUCACACAGAUUUUUCCAGUCUCUUCAUGGCUCCCCUCCAACUCCUUUAGAAAUGGCUCAGUGACUGGCGGUAAACCUCCUCUUGCUGACACUCCAGUGAGCAGACAGAGUGGAAUCAUACCAGGUGCGAUCGCUGCUGCAGUGUUUAUAGCAUUUCUGUUAGCGCUCUACACUGUUCUGUGGAAAUGCAUGAUUUCACCACCCAAACGGAGGAAAAAAAGAGCAAGUUUGAGGGCUCACGAGCAGAGGUCUCUUACAUGCUGACUUCCACCUGCCCAGAGUUACUCAUCUUAGGUCGGAUCUGUAUCAGCCGCAGCUUUAAUGUCUGUUUGGCUGAUCACUACACAUUAUCCACUGUCCCAUUUGAAAAAUAGUUCUGAAAAUCUGUGAUUUGGGCAUUCAACUGAAAAAUGUGUGUGUGUGUGCAGGUGCAUGCGUAUGUUUAAAGGAAAUGACAAAGGGAUGGUUCACCCAAAAAUGAAAUUUACUCAUUUACUCCCAUUCGGCAUGUUUCCAACACAUUACAGUUUCUUUCUUAAAAUACAAAGGAAGGUAUUUUGAAAAAAUGUAAAAAUUAGCAGCCAUUGACGUCAGUACUUCCCCCACCCCUACUAUGGAUGGCAAUGGCUGAUGAUUUCACACACACAUACACACACAUCUUCUUUUUUUAUCAAACAGAAAAAUAAGAAAGAAACACAUUUAAUACAACUUGAGGGUGUGUAAAAGUAAAUUAUUUUUAAAAUGAACUGUUCAUCCAUUAAACGUGCUCUUGAAGCGUGUAUAAAUAUAUAUGAUUUGGAAGAGUGACCAAGACAUAAAUGUCCACUAGAUGUCACUAGAUGUGUUCACUUUUAACUCAACGAAACUAGGAAAUCAGCCAAAAGCUCUUCAUUCUUUAGCCCAUAUGUUUUUUAUCUUCGUAAACUUGCCUGUUUAGGACUUUUAUUUGAUUUUAUUGCCUAUAUAUGCUAAUUAACACACAAAAUAUAACACCUAUUAUGAAACUAGACGUUUGUUUUUCUCCAAACGUCCCCUUUGGCCAGGUGAACUCUGCACCAGUGAAUGAGUGCAUGCGUGUGUGGGUGUGAGAGAGCGAGUUUGUGAGAUAUUUGCCUUGUACAGCAGUAUUGGUUAGAGAGAACAGCACAUUUCUGGGUUAAAGUCUUUUUGGGUACGUGUGUGUGUUAAUGUAAGAAAAGGGAGCUACAGAUUGCACAUUUUUAUUGUAGAUAAUAUACCCGUUUGCACAAUAGCUGUACGCGGUUAUAGAUAUUUUACUUAUGUCAUGGCUUUUUUAUUAGCGGUUUUCACUGUGAAUAUCUGACUUUUAUUUUGGAUUAAAGUGUGUCGAUGUAAUCCAGUAUGCAAAUGUGUACUUUGAUUAAAGACGAGUUUGUACAGUUGUUUUAAACUAAUACGUUAGAUGGCUUCAGAAUGAAAAUGUUGCUAGCUUUAUGCUUUCCCAUUUCCAAACCUGCCUUGUGUUAAUCUUCAGAAUAAAUAUGAAGAUGUUUUUAAUGAA